GUGUGUGAGUGUGUGUGUAGGGGGGUGGCGGGACGAGCAGAAGUUGUCCAAGUCGGCAGAGCGCACCGACCUCUCCGCCUCGGUGGCGCAUCUGAAAAUCAUGCUUUGAUCUGCAGGUUUCUCAGCUCAGAGAAGGGAAUCUGUUGUUCAGCAUCUCACCUUUACCCAUUGAAUAAAAGCACCGCCAGACUCUGAUGUCUACAUGAAUUUCUCGGGGAAACUAACAGCCGUCCUCCUGCUGGUGGUUCUCGCAACGCAAGGCGGUUUUCCAUCCAAAGCAGAGGACAGAUUAUUCCGAAGGUUGUUUCGGAGAUACAACCAGUUCAUCCGACCGGUGGAGAAUGUCUCUGAUCCAGUUACUGUGGAGUUUGAGGUGUCUAUAUCUCAACUGGUCAAAGUGGACGAGGUGAAUCAAAUCAUGGAGACUAACUUGUGGUUGAGACACGUGUGGAAUGACUACAAGCUGAGAUGGACUCCAGUUGACUAUGAUGGCAUCGAGUUCAUCCGAGUCCCUUCUAACAAGAUCUGGAGGCCAGAUAUCGUUUUAUAUAACAAUGCUGUAGGUGAUUUCCUGGUGGAAGACAAAACCAAAGCUCUGCUGAAGUAUGACGGUACAAUCACAUGGGUUCCCCCAGCGAUAUUCAAAUCCUCCUGUCCGAUGGACAUUACGUACUUCCCUUUUGACUACCAGAACUGCUCCAUGAAGUUCGGCUCCUGGACCUACGAUAAAGCCAAGAUCGACUUGGUGCUAAUUGGUUCCAAGGUGAACCUAAAGGACUUCUGGGAAAGCGGGGAGUGGGAGAUCAUCGAUGCACCAGGGUACAAGCAUGACAUCAAGUAUAACUGCUGUGAAGAAAUCUACCCGGACAUCACCUACUCCUUCUACAUCCGCCGCCUGCCUCUCUUCUACACCAUCAACCUCAUCAUCCCCUGCCUCCUCAUCUCCUUCCUUACUGUGCUGGUCUUCUACCUCCCGUCAGACUGCGGAGAGAAGGUCACCUUGUGCAUCUCAGUCCUGCUCUCCCUCACCGUGUUCCUGCUGGUCAUCACAGAGACCAUCCCCUCCACAUCGCUGGUCAUUCCUCUGAUCGGAGAGUACCUCCUCUUCACCAUGAUCUUUGUGACUCUGAGCAUCGUCAUCACCGUCUUUGUGCUGAACGUUCACUACCGCACCCCCAUGACUCACACCAUGCCGGAGUGGGUGAGGAUGGUGUUUCUUGGAGUACUGCCCAGAGUAAUGCUGAUGAGACGACCGAUCGACCAGAGCUGCUCAUCACCUGCUAGAGUUACAGGAGGAGGAAGCAGUGGAGGCUUAAAGACAAGAAAGAGCAGCAUAGGAGGAGGAAGCAGCUCAGGUAGUGUAAGUGUUGGUGGAAUAACCGGAGGGGUGCCGUGUCCAGCUAUAGAGAGUGGCUCAGCAGGAGGUGGAGGAACCUCCACAGCUGGCGGCUCCAUGAACUGUGUAGAUAUUGGUGAGAAGAACCGUGACUUAAACCGCGAUAUGACCCGGAGGUGUCCCUACAGAGGGAAGGAGGUCCCAACUCCUGUUCCACCCCUGAAGGUGCCACCUCCUUCAACUCAAGCACCCCCAACUCAGGGGCCUUCGGAGUCGGAGCUGCCGAAGGUGCCGAGGCCCCUGAAAGCCUCGUCGCCAGUCAACGCGGUGGUCGCCUUUUCUGUGGUGUCGCCAGAGAUCAAACAGGCCAUUGAGAGUGUGAAGUACAUCGCAGAGAACAUGAGGACUCGCAACAAAGCCAAGGAGGUCGAGGAUGAUUGGAAGUAUGUAGCCAUGGUCAUCGACAGGAUCUUCCUCUGGGUUUUUGUGACGGUGUGUGUCCUGGGAACUCUGGGACUCUUCCUCCAGCCACUGAUCAGCUUCUUGAAAUGAGACACUUGGCUUUGUCCUUUGUCCAGGUCCCUUUCUCUCUCUCUCUCUCUCUCUCUCUCUCUCUCUCUCUCUCUCUCUCUCUCUCUCUCUCUCUCUCUCUCUCUCUCUCUCUCUCUCUCUCUCUCUCUCUCUCUCUCUCUCUCCUUGCUGGACAGCAUUAUUGUUCUUCUGUUCUGUCUUGUAUCACCCUUCAUUCUGCCUCCUGCUCUUGUCUGGGACUCCAUCAUUAAUCUCUAUCACCAGUCUCUGACCCACAUGAACCCCCUCCCCCUCCACCCGUAUGUUUUACUCUUUAAGCUUCCAAGCAUCGCUCUUAUCUGGUCCCCUUUUCUCUAGCACAGGUCUGCCUCCAUCCCUCUGUUUCUGUCCUCUCUGGCGCCACUGCGGACAUCGUUCCAUUUUCCUUUCUUGUCUCUCAUUGUUGCCUCAUUUUCAAUGUGUGCAUCUGGUGAAAAAGUAAAAUUACUUUCUUUGAAACUGAUCUGAGAAAGAUACGAACCAGAACAUGAUAGCCAAUACUCUAACAGAUCAGUACAAUAAAGAGAACUAUGGUAUGUGGCACAACCUAGAAUUGUAUUAUGCUUUAAAAUGACCCAAAAUUUCUCUGACUGCAGACAAUGAUAAAAAUGUGUUUGGUUUCCUUGUGAAUAAUUUGGUAAAAGUACAUUUUGCAUGGCGUCAGAGAGGAGGACAAUGACUGUGGUUGCACACCUUUAAUAAUGAUGUUUUUUACAUAUGGUUAAAGCGCACACACGUGUUCAAAAACUUGUAAUGAAUAGAAGUAUGUUGAAAGCACAAUAAACUGGUAAAAACACUUGAAACAGCUAAA